AUGAGACCUGAGCAAGAACCCUCUAUUCAAGCACCAACAGAGAAAGUGGCACUACCCAUGUCCGAUGGAGAUGCACGGCCAUGGCAGGUGCUGAGCCUUCUUUUGCCCUUUCAUAGCCCGGAUCAGAAGCUCUGGUGGGACAAAGUUGGGCCCCUUAUUGAGAUUUACUUGAAUUGUUCAGGGUACAAUGUUGGUGCUCAGUAUCGUUAUUUGUUAAUGCUCCACUCCAUUAUUCUUCCAGUGCUUGGGCCAUUCCCAAAUCACACCAAAUCGAAUUCACCAUGGCCUUACUUCAUGAAUAACGGAGAUCCAUGCGACCUCAGCAUCAAUUAUCAAGGGGGCUCAGCACCAUGUGUCCGCAUAGGGAUCGAGCCAAUAGGACCUAUGGCAGGGACGAACCAAGAUCCCAUGAACGAAUUCGCCGCGAGGCGGCUUCUUGAAGACUUGAGCCGGAUUCAGACCGACAUAGACUUUCAAUUAUUUGACCAUUUCAGGGACGCCUUGGUUUUAUCCAACCACAAGGCUCGUCUGUGCUGGGAUGGUAUUGAGGAACAUGGAAUCAAAGCUCAGGGACAUGUCGCGCUUGAUCUCCACGAGCACUCACUUAAAGUGAAGGCGUACUGUGUCCCGCUCCUACGAUCUCUCACGAGCGGUGUCCACUAUGUGCGCAUGAUGAUAGACAGCAUCAAGACGAUUUCGAGAGACCAUCCCAUUACUCACGGGCUUUCAAAAGUGGAUGAGUACCUAGCGGCCACUAAGCAUCUCCUUGUGGACUCCAGAAGCUGUUUCUCUUUCGACUGCGCAGACUUGAAGAACUCUAGAUACAAGAUAUAUGUGGGUGCAAACGUGAAAACCCUGGGGGAAGCCUAUGGGUUCUGGACUCUAGGAGGUAGCCUGAAGGGCGAGGCCAUCGACCGGGGUUUUCAACUCAUGGAGAAAGUCUGGAAAACAAUGUACGCGAAGUCUUUGCCUGACAUGAAGCCGAGGAAAUAUAUACCGUUCAUAUGGAACUGGGAGGUAUCACCGACAGACUCAGAUCCUAUCCCCAAGGCAUACUUCCAGGUUUUGGACGACUACGAUAGUCUGAUUACUGAGGUUAUCACCUGUGUGUUUGGCGAACUUGGCUGGACCGAACAUGCAAUGACACACCAGAUAAUCCAGAAAAAGGCAUACCCGGGCCAUGACUUCGGGAGCUCCACUCAAGUCUAUUCAUGGAUUUCGCUCGCUUAUUCGCAAACGAAGGGUCCCUAUAUUACUAUAUAUAGUAACCCGGCCGCUUCUUUAUAA